ACGACACAGAAAACGCAUACGCAGAACGGAACUGCCCCCAACCCGUGCCUUCGAUCGAUAUCUAGUAGCUGGGUCGUAGUACCUUCUUCAUCCGCAAGCCACCCGCGAAACACGACUUAAAGGCUUCCUCCCGCGCCUCCUUCUCUUCCGCACCCGACCAUCCACACGCCAGCGCAUCAACCUCCGACGGUCUACCUCAGUAGACUCCCACUGCAAGGAUGGCUAGCUCCUCCGCAGCUGCGGGUCUGCUCGCACGUCAACUCAAGCAAAUGCAAAAUGACAAAGAUAUACCAGGAAUCAGUUGCGGCCUAGUGGAUAACAACGUCUUCGAGUGGGAGGUCAUGUUGAUGAUCAAUGACGAUACCAAGUACUACGGGGGGGGCUUCUUCAGGGCACAUCUCAGUUUCCCCACCGAGUAUCCACUGAUGCCGCCAAAGAUGCGAUUCGAGACGCCCAUCUUCCAUCCCAACAUCUACGCGAGCGGUGACGUUUGCAUAUCAAUCCUGCAUCCGCCCGAAGAAGACAAGUACGGUUACGAGUCUGCGGCCGAACGCUGGUCGCCCGUCCAAACCCCCGAGACAAUCCUCCUAUCCGUCAUCUCCAUGCUCAGCAGCCCCAAUGACGAGAGCCCCGCGAACGUGGAAGCAGCGGCAAUGUGGCGCGAGAACCCUACCGAGUUUAAGAAACGCGUUAGGAAGUGUGUGCGGGAUAGUCAACAGUUUGACUGAUCUCCAGGGGUGUUUGAGCGGAUGAAUUGGUUCCGGUAGCGUUUCGGUUACAUUUUAGGGCUCUUGUCAUGAAUGCAUAGCUGGUCGGGUUUGAUGCUGUUUCCCAGCGACCUUUCGCAAUGAAAUUUUUAUUACUCUUC